AUGAUUCUUCAAUAUUCCAUUUUAUUUUUGUUACUUGUCAAUUAUUGUGUAGCUGAUAAUCCAUGUAUCUAUUAUUUUCCACAAGGUGUAAUCAAUUUAACAACAAUUGGCUUAGUUAAUAGUCAACCAAGAUUUAAAGAUGUUCGAAUUAUUAUUCCAUCCGAACAAUAUAAAUAUUCUUACAAUCCAUGUUAUUCAUUUACAGAAAGAGGAUGUCAAAAUGUAGCGGCAUGUCAGAGUUAG